UUUUUUUUUGCAGUGGGCUGCGCAAACACACGUGUUUGGUUGUGUGGGCUGUGAGUUGAAAAAGCUUGGAAACCACUGCUUUAUCAGCAACAACACUGGAUAUUGAAAAAAAUGGUGGAUGGAAACAAUGAAUUUAAUAAUGCACAUAAAUUAAACUUAAUUUGUGUUUAUUUAUUCUUUAGUUGAAGACAUGAAAAUUAACUAUAAAGGAAACAUGUUUACUUGACAAUGAAGUCAUAAAUGUGCAUCAAAGUGCCUCAAGUCAUGUGGUUAAUGUGGCCUGGAAAUACUGGUUUUCUUAAAUUUAGAUUUUUAGUGUAAAUUAAAGCUUUGAUUCUAUUCUAUUUGUCUGGGAAAUCUGUCUGAUACACUAGCCGUGCAGACAUGACACAUUUCACCUUUAAGUAUCCAUCUCCAACCUCGUUGCUUUCCAUCACCCGACUCACUACCGAAAACUCGAAUCGCUUCUCAUUCCACUGACACUCGGAGUAAUGUACGUGUGUGUUGUGUAUUUCUUAUUGAUGGACUUACAGUCAGCCACCUGCAUCCCCCAGCACACAGGAGGCCAUCCAGGGCAUGCUGUCCAUGGCUAACCUGCAGUCAUCAGACUCUCUCCUGCAAACGUCCUGGAGCAAUAGCCAAACAAAGAACAACUCGCACAGCAGCACAGCCAGCAAGAAGCCGAGCAGCGUGACCGGAGCAAUGGCAAGCAACAGCAAGCGGCCGGCCAAACGCUUACCCAAGAAGACGCAAAAGAGCAGCAGUGUGGACAGUUUGGACAUGUUCGAUGAUGACCAGGACCACAUGGACGCUUGCUUUAAGGAUUCUGAUUAUGUUUAUCCGUCUCUGGAAUCUGAGGAAGACAGCCCCAUUUUCAAAUCAAGAUCCAAAAAAAGGAAAAAUACAGAUGACACUCCAUAUAGUCCUACAGCACGAGUUGGGCCUACUGUACCACGACAGGAGAGACCAGCUCGGGAGGGGGCACGUGUGGCAUCCAUAGAGACAGGAUUGGCAGCUGCGGCAGCUAAAUUGUCUCAUCAGGAGGAGCAGAAGAUCAAGAAGAAGAAAAAGAGUACCAAAAAGAAGCCCAUGGCUGUAGAGGAGCCUCACAAACUCUCUCAGGACAGCAGCUCUCCAGAACCUACCCCGGACUCUGAGACAAACCAGGGUGACCAUGAAUACAGCACUGGAACGAGCAAGACCGCCGGCAGCUCGCAACCCAUGGCCCCCGGAGUCUUCCUCAGCCAGAGACGGCCUUCAUCAUCAUCGUCAUCUCAGAACACCUUAUCUGUCCCGCCAGCCAAAGUCGAACGUGGGAACUCGACGGACUCCAAAGCGAAGCGGCUAAAGAAAGGAAUGGCAACGGCCAAACAGAGACUUGGAAAAAUCUUAAAGAUUCAUCGUAACGGCAAGCUCCUGCUGUAACGUGGACAAUGGGCGACUCGGGCGUUCUCCUGAUGUUUAUGGACCCGAGGACUGAUUCCUCCCUCCCUCCCUCCCUCCCUCGAUGAGCUGGGAUGAGAGCAUAAGGACAGAAACAGACGGGAAUGCGAACAGGAUCCCACAAGUUUUCAAUUUCUAAGAAGAACAUAGCUCAGAUAGGUUUUUGCCUUUUCUUUUACUUUAUAAUUUUCAGAUAUUAAAAAUGUACAGAAUACCUGCUAUUAAUAUUUUGUAAGAAGAAUUUGUCUUGUUUUACUACGGCUCUCAGUUUAUCAGGGGUUGCUAAUAUAUUCUAAGAUACAGUAAAUAGCAGUCAUUCCAAGAUAAAGAAAGUAUCCCCUGCAUGUAUUCCGUUUGCAUGCAUUGUUUUGAGGAGGGGGAAGGGUUGGUGGAAGGGUGCAAACAAGAAAUUCAUUACUGCUUUUUGGAUGUGGCUUAUCAUUGUCUUUUUUUUGUUUUUUAACAAGUAUACUGAAGACAUGACGAAUUUCACAACUGGCGGGUGAUUUUAUGUUCCCUCAUUUGGAAUUUACUUUGCUUAAUUCUGCAUUUUUUUAUACGCAUUACCUACACAGGACAAAAGUACUUUUCUGUUUGCUAAGCACUAUCACAGAUAAUAUUUAUUGACCUAAUAUAAUUGUAGAUGUCAUAGGUAGUUUGAAGCCAGGAGGCACUUGCAAAUCUUCAGUGAAGCACAAAUAUGAACUCAAUUUUUAGUAGUUUUGUAUAUCUUAACAGCUAUUAUAAAAUGACAGCUUUUAAUUUUUUUUAUAUAUUUUUUUUUUGUUCGGGAAAAACUGUCUAUUUCAACAAAUCAUGCAAUUAAACAUGCAUAUCGAUAAACCACAUUUUCACUAAAUUUUCCCCUGUUGGUCUAGAAAAUCAGUGUAUCACAUGAAAAAAAAAGUCAUGCUAAACUUUGACUGAAUUGUUAGCACAUCUUUUAAAAUGUUAUUUAUAUAUUUUUAUUGUUUUUAGACAUUGAUACUACAAUCAGUUUUAUGUCAUGCUGUUUUUUUUAUUUUUAUUUUUUAUUGUUUGACAAUGUAGCUCUUAUUACGGUUCUAUUUUAUGAUACAAAACACUCGCCAAACAUAAUGCAUCACUACAUGAAAGAGAUCUCAAGCACUGAUGAUAAGCCUCAUCCUUGACAUUUCACUACAUGGGGAUACUUUCUCUCUUCUGUUUGUUUCACAGGCAGCACCAAUUACCCUAGAAUGAAAUAUGCAUUUGCUUCACAGUACAGUAUGUAGAAUGUAGCCUGUAUAUAGCUUUUUAAAUGACUACUUUUUGUAUCCUUUUUUCCUUAAUACUUCAUUAUACAUUUUUACUAGUUUUUGCUAAUUACAGACAAAAAUAUAUAUAUAUAAAGAUAUAGAAGUAACCAUCACCUUUUAACAUUUUUUACACAAUAGCUGAACUUUUUUUAACCAUCGUUAUGUUUUCAUUUCAUUCUGUUACAUUAGACAAAAGGUGUUGCCUGGAGAACAAAGUAAACAGUGUAACAUUUAUUCUCAUAUGGCCUUACAUGCAGAAAAACAAGUGUAUUAUUAUUCAUUUAUGACGGGGGAGAAGAAGAAAAAAAAAAAUCACAGUUUCUACAACCAGCUUGGCAUUUGAGCUAAAAUACCCCUGAUGUAUUUUAAAGUUAUUUUACUAGCACCUUGUGAAGUGUUUUCUGUGUCAGUGAUGUAAGUUUGUAGCCUUUUAUACUUGUAUAAUUCUUAAGAGGUUUUGUUUGAAAUAUUUUAUCAGUCUGUGAGCCCCUUAGGACACUUCUAUCAUUAACUUCGGGCAAUAUAUUUUUUUUUUUUUGUCUUUGCAAAACCACGUCUUUAUUGUUUUCAUCAAAUCAAGUGCAACCGCUCAUCAAUAUGAAAUGUUACAUUAUUAUUAAGCAGCUAUUUUAAAGAUCCAUACCAUCAUGCCACGAGUUUUAUUUUGGUAAUAGAGCAUAUACAUUCUUAACAAGGUUUACUGUGCUCAUUAUUUGCAGUGUUUUAGUUAGCAAUGUAAAUCUUGUAUCCACCUUUCCGAAUCGAAACACUCAGAAUCUUUGUCAAUGGAACUAUUUCAGGUUUUUAUUUGUACAAAAUGUGUGUUGCUUUGUUGUGGUUUAUUUUUAUAUGUUCAAACUAUUAAAUGCAUCCACUGUUUCAAGGCAGUGAAUGAUA